AGUUUCAAGAGUUUGGCAUAUCAUAGCAUGAGUAGUUCUCACCAUCAACCAUGUCCAACGAUCCAAGGUCUCUGAGUUACUCUUUUCUAACUCACUUCAACAUGGCGAUGGCAGACCCAGAACCUUGGUCGUUCCUCACCCUCGUUUUCCUGUGACUUUUUUCUUUACAUCCUCAAACUCACAAACUUUGGGGUGUGUUUUUUUUCUGUGUCGGUUUCCUUGUCUUUGUGGCUUUCUGGGUUGCAGAAAAUGGGCAUGGGGGAGAAGAGUCCAAGGAGUUUCCAAUUGCACCAUCGUGAUGGGAAGAAGCAAGAGUUCAGAGGGGUGCCAAAAGGGUGCAUGGCAAUUAAGGUUGGUCAAGGAGAAGAGCAACAACGGUUCGUGGUUCCUGUCAUGUACAUCAACCAUCCUCUCUUCAUGCAGCUUCUCAAGGAGGCCGAGGAAGAAUACGGGUUCGACCAGAAAGGAACCAUAACCAUCCCUUGCCAUGUUGAGGAAUUCAGAAACGUUCGGGGUCUGAUUGAUAGGGACAAGUCCCUUCACCACAACCACCAUGUUGGUUGCUUUGGCUUCUGAAUCCUGCUCCAAACCAAGGUUUUGAGAAAUGGGUUUUGUCCACAGUUUUCUAAAUAUUCAGAAUUCUGAAGAGACUGCUGUGACUUUAAUUUAAAACCUUGGUGAAACCAUGGAGAAAGAAUCGAUCUUGGACUACAAAUCGGCACUCCUUUAGUUUUUCAAUGAUUAUCUCAUGUAAAUUUUCUAGCUUUUAGAUUUUUUUUGGUAGUGUUUGGUAUGUGGAAGAAAGCUCCUUAGGUAGGUGAUGGUGAAGACAACAGAAUGUUGCUUCUUCCAAUUUUACUUACUUUUUUUCUAUAUUGUUAGGAAUCGUUAUGAAAAAAGGAGAUGCUUUUCUUUUCUUUUCUA